AUGUCCGACAGCGACGAGAUCCAGCAGCUGGUGACCGCUACCGGUCUCUUUCGAAUUGCUAACUACAGCGAAGUCGCUGCAUUGACCCUGAUCGCAUAUGAUCAUUUCCUCACGUUCUCGGGGGAGCUUCAAUUCGUCUGGGGUCGGAGGUUCUCUGGUGCGACAGUCGUCUUCGCGCUCAACAGAUAUGUCAAUCUGGCUGGCAAGGUGGUCCUUCCUAUCAGUACUAUGUACUGGCCAAAUCAAACGGACGAGACAUGCGCUGCCCCCAUUAUCCUCGUGAUAGUGCUGACAGUCGUCGCUUACUGGAUCGCUGCAGUGUUCUCCGCGCUGCGGAUAUAUGCUGUGUGGGACAAGAACUGGAGGCUAUUAGUCCUCGUCUUGCUAUUAGCCAUGGCGGUUCCGGUCACAAACAUGUAUCAUUAUAUUCGUUCGACACCUGUUGCCGGCGGACCUCCAUUGAAUGGCUGCGGGGAGAACGUUGAUCUCAGCGACGAGCAGUUCGAGCAGCUCUCCAUGAUUACGCAUGGUUUUGCAAUCGCCACGGAUCUGCUGGUCGUCGUCCUCACGUGGUUAAAGACAUAUGAGAUCAGGCGCCUCUCAUAUCGGCUUCACUUCAAAACAUCCCUGUCAACGUUGCUGCUUCGGGACGGCACGCUCUACUUCGGGAUCCUCCUUAUCCUCAACGUUAUAGAUAUUAUACUGAACUCCAACGAAUCGCUGUACAACCCACUGCCACCGUUUAUCGAGGCAGUCACAUGCAUCCUGAUCUCCCGGUUCAUGCUGAAUCUGCGUCAAACUGCGCAGGAGAUGGACGAAGGGACGACCACCGUCGCGCUGUCGCAGUUCUCGUCGAUCCAGAUUGCCUCGGGUCUGGCGGGCGAUAUGGGCGCGCCCCUUAGCCACGGGACUGCUUGGACAGGAGGCACGGCGUUGAUAGAAGCUCAUACGACUUACGACAUUAGCAACAGCUACGAUAGAGCUCGCGCGCUAGAGAUCGGAGCAGGGCCGCUGGCGGCUGGGGAUGCUGCCUUCAUACUGGACCGCGAGUGCAGGUUUAAUCUGUACAACCACCAUCCCUCUCUCUCCCUCAUCCCCUUCCUCUCCACCGCCAUGCAUCGACUGGGAGGUGCCGGCCUCGCCGCCUUCGACCGCCAGCGCGAGUCCCAGCGCUCCUUCGCCGAGCUCUCCUCCGAGCUCUCCCAAGCCCAGGUCGACCUCCUCCACGCCCAGCUCGCCCAGUUCCGCGCCGCGCUCGCCCACUACGCCGCGACGCACCGCGACCGCAUCCGCGCCGAGCCCUCCUUCCGCCACGCGUUCCAGCAGAUGUGCGCCGGCGUCGGCGUCGACCCGCUCGCCGGCCCCCGCACCGGCGGCUGGUGGGCGGAGCUCCUCGGCCUCGGCGACUGGCAGCACGAGCUCGGGGUGCAGAUCGUCGACGUCUGCGUCUCGACGCGCGAGCGGAACGGGGGGCUGAUCGACGUCGGCGAGCUCGUGCGGAUCGUGAGCCGCCUCCGGGGCGGGAAGGACGUCGUGACGGAGGAGGACGUGGUGCGGAGCAUCCGGACGCUCCGGCCACUCGGCGCGGGCUACGAGGUGAUCGAGGUGGGCGGGGGGCGGAGGAUGGUGCGGAGCGUGCCGCGGGAGCUGGACGCGGACCAGGCGGUCGUCCUCGCGGUUGCGCAGGAGGCCGGGGGGCGGGUGUCGGAGGCGGGGCUCGUGGCGCGGAAGGGGUGGACGACAGAGCGGGCGCGGGCUGCGUUGGAGAACAUGCUGUUGCGGGACGGGCUUUGCUGGCUGGACGAGCAGGACGAAGAGUACGGGGUGUCGUACUGGGUGCCCUCUGCGAUGCGGUGGGAUGAGUGA